UAAAGGUAUAACGUCAUACAUAUUAUCAGCGGCCCGUGACGUCACGUUUCCCGCUCUAUUUACUUUCCUUCUUUUGCAGUUUGUUGGUAUAGCUUAAAAAAGAAUUUAUUUAUUAUGUAUUUAAGAAAAAGGCAAUUUAUAUCUCCAACUACAAUGGAUUCUAAGCGUGUUUAAUAAGGGCGAUGCAUUUACAUAAUGAAUGGCUCCAAUUGCACUAUCCCGUAUUUCCCAGAAAAUAUCUAAAUAAUAGGUUAGUUAAUCAAUUUUAGCUAAUUAGUCGUCCGGCAGUAGCAUACGCUGUCCUACAGCAUGCGUGCUUGGUUGUAUAACUAACCUGCUAAAACGGCAUCUAUUUUGCUCGGCUAGUUUUUUUUUUUUUUUUAAUAAAAAUUCUGUAACGGAUAAAAAAAACACCUUGUAUAACAGACCUCCCCAUUCAAGAUUACCCAUAGUCUAAAGUACGAGAUGAAACAUAAAUUCUGAUCUUAGGUUAGGAGAGGAUAUUGAAAAAAAAGAAAAAAACUUUUCUCGGUUGCUGCAUUGAAACAGCCAUACGACUCAACGAUCUCGCAUGACAACUGGGAGUCUGCCGUCUGCCGCCUUUUCUGCAUGCGCGCACGCGUAAUUCUUCCUGAACAUCCAAAGAAGAGGAAGAGGAAGAACAACAUGCAAAGCAAGAAGAAAAAAAUGGCACCUUCCGCCUCCUCCCUCCCCUCUGCUAUGGCUUCCUUCUAUUAUCAUGCGGUCCUAUCAUCCUCCUUGUCCCGCGUGUGAAGCCGUGUGUCUCGUGCGUCUUUAGAGAUUACUCCGCACUAAACCCUGGCCAAUCGCCCUGUGUGGCUGGUGGCCACUGUUCCUAGUGGUGGAAGAAGAAGAAGAAGAAAAAAAUGGCGGCGCGCACUCUAUCACAUAGCUUUAUCAUACGCGUAUAUGACCGUGAUCUGCGAAUAGGUUGUGCCAUGAAUCACCUUUAGGGACGAUAUCCAUUGCCGUUAGGCAUGCCUUCAAGCAAUCUGUGGAAUUGUGCUAUGCUUCAUGCGGGGACGCUUCAAGCUGUUCAAGGUGUACCUCGGCAUCGUGCCUUUUGUCGUCGUCUACACACCUGAGUCAGCAGAGGCCUUGCUAAAAAGUACAACCGUUCUUAACAAGUCCUUUAUAUACAAGUUACUCAAUUUCUGGCUUGGAACUGGGCUGCUCACAAGUAAACGUACAAAGUGGCGUGGUCGACGUAAACUCUUAACCCCAGCUUUCCACUUCAAGCUUCUGGACGACUUCUUGCCCGCCAUGGCAGAACAUGCGCUCGAACUCGUCCAUAAGCUCCGCGCUCUUCCUCCAGGACCUGUGGACAUCGUGCCAUUCAUGUCGAACUUGACCCUGGACAUCAUUUGCGAAACCGCCAUGGGUGUCAAAAUAGGAGCAAUACAGGAUGAAGGAACUCCGUACGUCAAAGCUGUCAAAGUGGUGUCGGGAUCUUUCCUAGCGCGUGUGGUACGUCCCUACUUCUGGAGAGACAGCAUUUUCUAUCUGACCGAGACAGGCAGAGAAAUUAAGAAAAACGUAGAGUUCCUUCACAAGUUCACUACCGAGAUAAUCCAUGCCCGAAAGAAAGAAUACAUGCAAGGGAUAUCUACCAUAGAAACGAAUUAUACCAACACGAUAGGACGGAAGCGGCGCACUGCUUUCUUGGACACUCUUGUAUCCUACCAUUUGGAAAAUCCCGCGUUCACGGAAAACGGCAUCCGUGAAGAAGUGGACACGUUCAUGUUUGAGGGUCAUGACACUACGGCAAUGGGCAUCUCAUUCACGCUCUACCUCCUGGGACUCCACAAAGACGUGCAGGACAUGGUGGUCAAGGAACUGCAGUCCAUCUUCAAUGACGACGACAGGCUUCCCACUGUGGAGGAUCUCAAGCAGAUGAAGUACCUCGAGUGCGUGAUCAAGGAAAGCCAUAGGCUGUAUCCACCUGUUCCCAUCAUCGGACGCGAUAUUGAAGAGGAUAUGGAAUUCGAUGGUUACAUGCUGCCCAAGGGGUGCACCGUGAACUUGUUCAUCUACUGCCUGCACCGCAACGAGACCUGGUUUCCGAAGCCUGAGGAGUUUCGACCAGAAAGAUUUCUUCCCGAGAACAGCGCUGCAAGACACCCGUACGCCUACGUGCCCUUCUCCGCGGGAUCGCGUAACUGCAUUGGUCAGCGUUUUGCACUUCAAGAAGAGAAGACUGCAAUCUCAACCAUUCUACGCCACUUCUCUUUGCACAGCCCAGAUACAAGAGAGACGGUCCUCUUGAUAUGGGAACUCGUCCUUAGACCGGUCAAUGGACUUCGAGUGCAGUUCACACCGAGGAAAUGUUUGUAGACGUUCUCGUGUGGCAUAAAAUAUGUGUAUGGUUAAUACUUGUUGGACGAUGGGAGCGGUCAAACAAACAUGUUUAACCUGGACUCCUAAGCAUAUUUUGUAGACCUGUACACCACUGCAUUGUAUAUAGUUUGCAUUACAGGAGAAGCACUGUGCAGAAGGUGCAUGAUAACAUUUUUUUCAUCGCCGGGUGUUUUAAAAACAGCCCUGGGGCGAGAUAGUUGCAUAUCACAAACAAUAAAACAUUCAGCCAUUCA